UUUAUUGAUGUGUUCAGUGUUGUUUUGUUAAAUGCAAAAAUAAUAUUAAGAUUAAAUAAAGAGCACAGGUUAUUGACACUAUUCCAUUCAUUACAUAUGCCGCGAGUGGUUUUAACAAAAUUGUGUCACUUAAAUAAACCAUCAUAGCUUCUCCUGGCAAGCAAACCGAUUGAUGUUCUAAGUGUCACAAUUUCGUUAUCGUUUGUUGCAGUGAAAAGUUUCACUUGUAAAUCGCAGCUAGGUAUUGACCUAAGUGUUAAUUGGGCAACCUUCAAAUGUUUUCUUGAGCUUUCGUGUAAACACCUAACAUAACUAAAGCAGUGCUAUAAAGCGCGUUAGUGCAUUUUGCUCGAUCGUUAUUGUUGUCUUAACAGAUGAAUUGUGAAAAUGGAUAGACUAAAUCAGUUACGGGGAGAUGCCGGGGACUCGACGCUGGACACGUCGUCCCCGCCAAGUGAAGCCUUCAUGUCUGCGAAUGAAAGUUCCUCUAAAUACUUUUCGCUCUCCGAAGUCGACUCUACGUUCAGCAUAUCACCUUCCAAGGACACCUCGUCGACCACCGCCGAGUCGGAACGCACUAUUGCCGCGGAAACUGAUAUCAUUCCCAACUUAUCUCCAAUCCCUAAGACUGAUAUAGAAACUUUUAAAAUUGGUAAGCACAUAGAAGCUGCUAAUAUUCUCUCUGGCGGAGUCAACAUAUUUGAUGACAAUGACAAUUCUUACGAUGGUGAUGAGCUUGUCAUUGAUGACAAUGUGGUUCUGGAGGAUGAUAAGGAGGAGUUAAAGUUGAGCGAGGGUGCAGCAGUGCCACUGGAGAAGGAUACUACAGAGGACACACUGGUGGAACCAAUGGAUGAGGAAGAGGCUAUCCCAAGCAAGGACACCGAAGUGGUGCUACAAAUUGAUGGCAAGAAUGUAGACGCAAUAGAUAUUGGUAAUCGGUUAUACCUAUACAGAAAGGCAGGAGAGAAGGAGCUCUCGGCCGUCCAGAUUGUUGAUGAUGACCAGCAGCAGCCAAGCUUCAAGUUUCUGAAAGUGCGAGAGAACAGUGAGGGCAACUUGGAGGUAUAUGAAGAAAUUCAAAUUGAAAUUCCAAAAGAAGUGCCUACUAGAGGUGGAAUUUCUGCUGAGAAAACUCUACAUGUGCCUGUCAGUGAUAUAAACAAAGUGUUUGAUGAGCCUUCACAAAAAAGUAACAAAGUUAUUGAUAAAGUAAACAAAACACCAAAUAUUGAAUCAAUUGCAAUGUGUGCUACUUCUGAAGCUAUUGAUAUACAGUCAGAAUCUAGGUCAGAAGUAAAUUUAAAUGGAAAAAUGAUGAAGUUUAAUGAAUCUCGUAAAUCUCCCUUGACAUUUACACCUAUGACAUAUCAUUCCACACCUAAUAAAGAAGGUAUACCACUGACUAAAACCAUGGUAGAUCAACAAUUGCAUCCCAGUAGGCAUUCAGAUAAUAUAAAGAAAACUAUUGAAGUACAUACCGACUCUAAUAAGCCAAAAAAUAUUGAAGAAGCUACUAUUACAACAUUAGAACUAAAUGAAACUACUAAGAAACAGAAACAGGAUACAGUUAUGGAAACAGAAGACGAAGGCAAUAAUCAAAUGACUAUCUUAGAACAUAGGAAAAGAGAAACAGAAACAGUAAGUAACGAAUUAAAAGUAGACGUUCUAUAUAAUAAUUCUGAUGAAGUUAUAUCAAAUAACGAAGGAAGUCCAAAAGCAGCUAAACGUUUAGAAGAGACUGAAGUUAUUUCAGAACCUAAAGUUGAAUGUAAAAGGGUACCAGAAGAAAAUAAACCUGGGGAAAUAAAAAAUACGAAUGAAGACACUAUAACAUCUCAAAGUCUAGUAGCAAAAAAAGCUAAUGAAUCGAAUAAAUCGACAGAAAUUCCGUUGAAACAAGAAAAUAUCCUAAUUAUGGAAGCACAACCAGUAAAGAAAAAUAUCGAUGUAAAUAAUUUUUCUGAAGAUUUAAUGCAAAAGAAAACAGACAAAAAUAAAGAAAGUAACCAUAUUCAACCCAAGCUUCCAGAAAAGGUUAUACCUUCAAGCCCACCUAUGUUUGUCGACGACAAAAAAGUGGCAUCGGAUAAUAAAGUAAUUAAAGAUGACAAAUGUGAUGAAAGUAAUCAUUCACAAUCUAAUGAAAUAGAGGAUACAAGACAAUUAAUAGCUCCUAAUAUUGGACAAACUUUUACGAAAGAAUUAAAGUUAACUUCUACAUCUGAUACAACACAUUCAAAUACAAAGAAUGCAGAAAAAAUAAGUGUACAGGAAACCAAAAAGGAUGUUGUAGCUAUGAAAAACACUAUAAGUGAUUUAACCACUAACCCAAAAACAAAUGCUGCAAAUAAAGUAAACAAAGACGAUAAGAUUAAGAUGGGCAACUCUGAUAUUAUGAGAUUAAAGACAGAUAAAGAUACAGCGAUAAAAUCGAAUAAACCACAUGGUAAUGUAUUUCAAAAAGAUAAUGUUGCUUUUAAAAAGGAAGAUCUUAGAGAAUCAAUACCAUCUACUAGAGCAGAGCCACAAAUAGACAAUACUAUAUUUUAUAAAGAUACAAAAAAUAACUCGAUCAAUAUAGGAAAGCAAAGAGUAUUCAGUGUAGCUUCUACACGAGAAGAUCCUAAAUCCCAGACAACGUUCAAAACGAACCUCGAUUUUUCCAAAGUUAACAGUAAAAAUACAAAUAUAACACAAACUAUAUUGUCUAAACCGAUUAACCCACUUGAAACUGCGGAAGUGAUCCCUCGAACAACGGUUGUAGCAAAAUCAAAUAAUAGUAACGAUGAAGUUCCUUUCGGUAAAUGGACUGAAGAAAACCGACAAGAGUUUUUGAACAAAAUUAAGGAAACUAAAGUACCAACCAACCAUUCAAAUACAAAUCAAAUUAAACAGACCAAUGAUUUAAAUAGGCGAGACGUGUUGAAAAAGUUUGAUAGUCAACGACAAUCGAAUGCUACUGCGCCUACAAAAAUUUCUGAGUUUAGCUCAAUGCCUAAGUUUAGUAGUAAAAUGGAAACGGCAGCUUUUGUAAAUAAAUCUGCAGUCCACCAAUUUAAUCCUGCUAAACCCGUGAUUUCUCCUUUAAAAACCAAAACUGCACAAGUGAAACCGACACCCACUGUUACUAAAAAAGAUCCUGAAGAGGAAGAAAAAGAAGUGCUGGAACAGAGAAUCAUAAUCAAUAGUCAAGAGUUGAUCGACAAUACUAUUGAAGGUAUUAUUACUAGAGCAUUGAAAAUCAAAACCACCACUCCAGUUCAUAUGAAAGAAAAAAUGACAAUUCACACAGUUGAAAACCCUAAAGAUGCAUUACCUUUGCCUGGUUCUCUAGAUGACAUUGAGAUGAAAAUGAAUGAGUUACAUGGAUUUUCUUUUAUGGAGCGAUCAGCCCAAGAACUCCAAGGUUCUAACCAUGACAGCAAAUCAUAUAAUAAGCUUGAAGAUGUCAAUAUUAAUAAAAAUAUCAAGAUACCUAAUCUUCUCCCAUUUAAAAUCAAGGAGGCCCCGAAAGAUGUAAAAGAAGCUAUGCGAGAUGACACCUCUGAUGAGGAAGUAUUAGAGCAUGAACCAAUUACAGGUGACAUUGAUGCCAGUAAACAGCAUUUAAUAUCGUUAUUAUCGUGCAAAGAAACAUUUUCUGAACCUAAAUCGGAUGCAAUAAUCACAGAAAAAGAUUUUGAUAAAUUUGCUAGAGGGAAUUCAAUAAGUUAUGAACAUUGCUUGACUGUAAAAUUUGAUGGUAAAGAGAAACACAACGUUGUUAAAACUGUGGUAGAAAAAGAAGUACCUGUAAAGAAAUUAACUCGUAAUGAAUUAUUGCUUGCCGAAUCUAAAGCAAAGUCUUUUAAUAAGCAAAAUUCUGCGGCUCGGCAUAAUAAUCAAACAAGCAAAAUACCAACAUUGAAAAUGACGGGCGAGGAAGAACCUUAUAAUAAAAAUUAUCAGUCUAGAGUGCAAAUAGCAUAUCAAUCCGCAUUAACUGCUAAACGCAAUUUGGAAUGUCCAAUCCCGAUGAUUGAAGACAAACCUGUUAAAGUGGUAUUUAUGGACACUAACACGGAGUUUACUCCAAUGCAGCUCAAUGUUCAAGGACAAGAAUUAUCACCAUCUAAGAACCGAAAAACUGAAUGUGAUACACACAGUACUUCAGAGUCCUUGGACUCAGACAUAGUAGAUUCUAUUCUAGACACUAAACCGCAAGAUGAAAGGUCUAAAAGCAAACAUCAGAGAAAACAAGUGCUUACACCUGUAGAACCAGAAAUGCAGCUAAUAGAACCAUGUGACCUGGGAAUUAAAGUAUCACCGAAAAAACGUAAAACCGAAGAAAAAAUAGACAAAAACAUAAAAAAUCUCGUGCCAAAGAAAUCCUACUUACUUAAUCGAAGUGUUGAUGAGCUUACUUCAAAAUCAGAUCAACCCAACACUGAACCUUUUCCGGGACAUAAUAUAAACACUGCAAUAGAUAACUUAGUAAAAGCCGCAGAACUAAUUGAAAAUCAAUCUGAGAGUAAUGGUACGAAUUUAAUAAAUUCGGCUACCGAACUUCCACAAAACACUCCGAUAAAAAGAGGUCGUGGUCGCCCCAGGAAAUAUCCUUUACCUGAAUCGGGAUUAGAUACAAAUAAAACUCCUAGCCCGCAAAAGAAACCGCGGUUAAUUGAUGCAAAACCCCCAAAAAGUUACAGUGAUUCAGAAGAAAGUAGCGAUGGAGAAAUCAUUAAAGAAAAUUGGACAAUGGGUAAAAUUGAUGAAAAUAUUGUGUGCCCAAUUUGCAGUAAGCUGUUUAGGUCAGAAGAUGUUUUAUUCAAACACGUUAAGCAUUGUACUGGCCCUUCACCAAACAGAUCUGAUUCAGAUAAAAGAAGACUGAGAGAUUCGCAGGAGUCUGACAGAAAAUUACGUGACAGCAGAUCCGAUGAUACAGAUAACAUGACAGAUACUGAGGAAAAAUCAGACAAUGAGGGAGAAACAAUAAAAAAUCGUUACAAUAGCCCGAAACAAAGGAAAGAGUCUGAGGAAGUUAUAAUCCUCGAAGAUACGCCGAUUAAACAAAAACCUACUGACGAAAAAGCGCAUCAUCCUGAAGCCAAAAAAUUUUUACGCAAAUCUAAACCUUUGCACAACACGAAUCUCGUUUGUGAAUUUUGUGGUAAAACCUUCAGGCAAUUGUCGUACUUGGUUAGCCACAAAUUGCAACAUAAACGAGAAGAUCAGAAGGAACUAAAGCAACUAGAAAGUGACACUGCAAAAAAUUCAGUUUUUAACUGUGAAAUUUGCAAAAAAGAAUUCAGAAAAUUACACCAUUUAGUGCAACAUCGACUCAUCCAUAACCCAAGCUCUACUGCUUCCAGGUCUCUAAGAAAAAAUUCUGCUGAAGUACAUGAAAGCAAAACUCCUAAAACGCAAAAUGAUGACACAAGUGCUGGUUUCAGAUGUGAACCAUGUGAUAAAUCAUUCAGAAAACUGCAUCAUCUCGUUGAACAUAGAGAGACUCAUGAUGGCAUAAACAAAAGAGGCCAAACAACCGCCUCGCAGAGCGUGACCGAAACUUCCAAAUCUAUGCCCACGCAUUCCUGCGAUGUUUGCAAAAAGGUAUUCAAAAAGUUACAAGAUCUAUUGGAACAUAAAGAGCAACAUUAUGAGACUAGUUCCGAAAAGUCUGAUGAUAAAAGUGUUAAAAGCUCGUUGUCAACAAAAGAUAUCAUACAUGAAUGUUCACUAUGUUACAUGGUAUUCCCAAAUGAACAUUCCUUGACCAAGCACACUGUGAUUUGUUUAAGGAAGAAAAAGCAAUCUGCCGCAAAGCAGGCUGCCAAGCAGGCCGAAGUCAAAGAAGGUGAAGAAACACCCGACGCGGAAAACGUUAAAAUUGAAGAUGAUACAACUCAAGUUGUGCAACUAAUUGAAGAUACUCCUAAUACAGAAGAGUCUGAUGUGAAAGAAACCUCAGCAUGUAACGUGAAAGUUGAUCAAGUGGAACAAAAUCUUGAAGAAGUAGAAGACCUUGAAGAUCUUGAAGAUGUUAAGGAACAUUCAGAAAAAACAAAGCAAGACUUAGUUUUAGAACCGCACAAUGAUGUUGUACCAAAAAAGAGACACAGUAAUGCGACCGACAAAACUAUGGCAGUUGAUAAUGAGACGCCUGCUAAAAUAAAGAAAGUAGAAGACAAAGACCAUGUCAUAAUCUUAGACACACCGACGCCCAAAAAGAAGUCAAUCAAGGACAAAGUAGCGUCAACGGUCACAAAAAGACACAAAACUGUCAACAGUCCAUUACUUGUCAUUGACAAUGUCAAACCCACGGAAUCUAGUGAUGACGACGAAAUAAGAUACAUGCUUAAUCCAAACUUUAAGGAAGAAGAAAGUAGUGAAAGUAAAUUUUUCAUGAAAAUUAGAGCCUUAAAACGCAGUUCGUUGCAGAUUGAGCGACCUAGCUCGAAAGAUUUAUUGACACGAAGGAUUUCGCUCCAACAUCCUCCAAAAAUGCCUCGCCUAAAGGCAAAAGCAGUCGAGCCCAAACCAAAACAAGAUCAAGAGAGAUCCAAAGUUACGGCCGAGAAAAAAUUGAAGCCCAUAACUGAACUGACUAUAGAUUCAGAUGAUAGCGACGUCAAAUAUUCUUUCCCAGAACAAGAAACUAAACCUGUUGAGAAGAAAGUUAAAAGGCAAUCCGCAGGAGCGAAGCGAAAAUCACUUGUUGGUAUUGCGAAGAGAAAAUCUCAUGGAAAAACUGUGAUGCCUCAAGUUAAACCAAAAAGACGCACAGCAGAAGUCGAGCACCGAUGCGACUGCGGGCAACUGUUCAGCAGUGCGGCGCUACUGUCGCGCCACACCACUCUCGCUCACACUCCGCCCCGAAUACGCAAGCGACGGUCUCCCCCACCCGAGACAACUAACACCAAACCCGAUAUCGCCAAACCCGCGAUCACGAAACCCGCGAUCACCAAACCCGCGAUCACCAAACCCACGAUCACCAAACCCGCGAUCACCAAACCCGCGAUCACCAAACCCUCGAUCACCAAAUCCGCCAUCACCAAACCCGCAAAUACCAAACCAACUAACACUAAACCAAUAAACAAAAGAUCCAAACCCGAUGUUACCAACUCGAAUAAAACCCUAGGUGUAGCGACAAGAAAAUCUAGUGUAAACAGUGAAAUGAAAUCUGAUUCCGGUAAGUCAGUUAAGAGUGAUAGUUUUAAGUUGUUGAGAAGUUCGAAAUCUGUGACCGCAUUGGAAACAUUUAAAAAACUCGAAAAAAAGAAGUAGACUUAUUAUUAUAUCGGAUUAAUGACGGACUGAGUAGGACGCUUCGUAAUUUACUAUGAAAUUUUUCUAAAAAAUUAUGUGUGGUGUCUGGGAUAAAAACUUGUAUGAAUUAACCGCACUGAUUAUGUCAAGAACUUGAAACACUAGAAACUAAUUUACUGCAUACUAGAAACAAGAAAGUCAUUUGUAGUGGUCUCCUGGACUGCAAGUUUAGCAGGAAGUCUCCGGCUUUAAUAACAUUGUACUCAUAUGGUUGCCAUUUUACAUGCCAAAACCUGUCUUCUUUGACUCUAUCUUAGUUACUUAAUGGCCAAAAAAAUUUGCCCUUUGACUCCCAACAGAAAUGCUUUCUAUCUUUAUAGGACAUCUUUACAACACUAAAAUUCAUACAAUUUUUUAUCGCAGAAACUUGCAAGUAGACGUUUGCAAAGAUCAGUAGCUGAUAAGGCUAACACCCGUAUUCACAAGAUAUACUAUGAAGUAUCACAGUGCAUCCUUUAGCAGUGUAGGUCCCACCUUUGAGGUCGUAACCAACACAAGUGAAGUUGAUACAUUGAAUAAAAAAUUGGGCACAGCAACUUUUAGGAGGUGACUCUUGAUAAUCAUAUAAGAUUAUAAAUAAAAUACUUUAUUUGAGAAGAUUAUAAAGGAGCUGU